AUGGAUGUACGCCAGCAGAACAUUACACAAGCAGCAGCGGGCAAGAGAUCCAGUACCAUUACACCGGCUUACAAGGGUCCAAGACGACUGGCAUUCAGGAUCCGCCGGCGAGGGUUCACCUUCGAGGGAACGCCGAGCCUGCUGAUCAGCGAUCUCUACGGCGUCUGGUCCGUCACCCACCGGCGCUACAUCCGCAAGACGAACCACCACCGCUUCCAUGACCUGAAGAAGGAUCUUGACCCCAUCAGAAGAGAAUACAGGGACCUGGUACACAAGCUCAAGAUAAACCAGUGGCCAGAGUACACGCAAGACGAGGAGCUCAGGUCCUUGCGCCACAAGCUGGCCGACUUCUACUGGGCCGUCAUGCCAAAGGAGGUGAAGGCGAGGAUCGUGCUCUUCUACCAUCACCGACGGCAGCGGCGCCUAAAGUGCUUCACUGCCGCAGUGGUGCUCGUGGCUCUGCAAGGUUUCGUGCUGCUCAGUCUGGUGCUCAUGGGAUGCUACAGCCUUAGGGUCAGCCUGUUCCUGGGCUUGGGUUACCUUGGUGUGGUGUUCCUGAUAGAUAAGGCCGGCGUGGAAUAUGGUCUCUGA